AUGGGGAUUGAAUUACAGAAGAAAAGAGUAUUGAUCACAGGAUGCAGUCCUGGGUCGAUUGGGGAGGCUUUGGCACAAGAGUUCCUGAACCGGGAUGAUUUCGUGGUCUGCGUGACAUCCCUACCGGGGGAAGAGCUCAAGGAGCUCGAAGCACUGGGCGCUGUCCCUUUCCCCGUCGACGUGACAUCUACGGAUAGUGUCAAGGCCUUGAAAGAUGCUGUUGUCGAAGAUCUGGGCGAUGAGCUAGAUGUAUUGAUCAACUGCGCAGGAAUGAAUUAUGUCAUGCCGGCUCUGGAUGUGGAUGUUGAGGAGCUCAAGCGCAUUUUUGAUGUUAAUCUCUUUGGGACUGUCCGAGUCACACAAGCGUUCUCCACGCCCUUGAUUAACCGGAAAGGGGUGAUUGUUAACGUGGGGUCCCUGGCUGCUUAUGCACCAUACGUCUUUGGAUCGUCUUAUAAUGCCAGCAAGGCAGCUUUGCUUGCUUUCGGCAACACUUUGAGAAUAGAGUUGAGCCCGUGGAGUGUGCGAGUGAUGACCAUCAUAGCUGGCCCAAUCGUCAGCGGCUUGAUGACCAGGAAGGAAAGGAGUCUGCCCUCAGACUCAAGGUAUCAGCCGAUCGCGGAGGCUUUCGACCAGCGGACGACUCAUGCAAAGCAUGGGUUUCAGGCAAUGCCGACUAAAGAGUUCGCUCAGUCCAUUGUUAAACAGGUAUUGAGAUCGAAGCCCCCACGUUCUUACUGGAUCGGGCCGUUCAAGGGGGUGGUCUGGUUGUUGGAAACUCUUGGAUUGGCCUCCGCGUGGAAUUGGUUCUUCCGCAGGAAGUUCCAGCUGUGGAAAUUAGAUCAGCACUAG